AUGAUUCUCAUCCGUCCUACAGAUCUUGUCGAAAAAGCAAAAGUGGAAGCCAUUGUUGGUGCACAAUCACUACUUGAAGCAACGCUUUUGGCGGCGGUUAGCGAGAAAGCUAAAGUUCCAUUGAUAUCUUCUCUCGUGCCAACGUCUUUGUCUUUGAACAAAUACAGUCAUGUUCUUCAGUUAACACACGAUUCUACAUCAGAGGCUAAAGGGAUUACGAGACUCAUACGUGAUUUCGAUUGGGAAUCGAUCGUGGUUAUAUACGAGGAUGUUGAUGAUUGGAGAGAGGGUUUGCAAGAACUCGUGGACCAUUUCCAAGAUAAUGGAAUCCACAUUGAUCGUACUGCUUCUUUCGCAGAAUCAGGAGAUGAUUAUAUGGUGAUGAAUCAGCUACGGAAGCUAAAGUCCUCAAGAACAGCUGUCUUCGUGGUGCAUAUGUCUGAGAUUCUUGUCUCUCGUCUCUUUCGAUGUGCGGAGAAGUUAGAAAUGAUGGAAGGAGGGUAUGCUUGGAUCCUCACCGCGGGAACCAUGAAUCGAUUUCAAUACACAGAUCGUUUUGCAAGUAGGUCGAUGCAAGGAGUGAUUGGUUUCAGAUCUUAUAUCCCAGAUUCUGAAGAGUUUACCAGUUUUGCUUCAAGAUUGAGAAAGUUAAUGUUUAACGACGAAAAUGCGGAGAUGGAAACAAUGCAUCCUAGUGUAGUCGUUGGUGUAUGGGCACACGAUACUGCUUGUAUUCUAGCAACUGCAAUAGAGACGGUGAGGCUAAGAGCAUCUGAAAAUGUAUCAGAUCUUCUUGAGACAAUUAAACAUGGUAGGUUUAAAGGUUUGAGUCAUGGGAACAUCCAAAUACUUGGCAACAAAUUUCUCUCAGGAACAUUUGAGAUUGUGAAUAAGAUAGGAACAGGGGAGAGAAGAAUAGGAUUAUGGAGUUUUGAUCAUUUCGUCGGAAGAAGACACGUCAUGGCUUCUUCUACUAAUGAACUCGAGACCAUCAUCUGGCCCGGCGGGUCUGGUAGAAUCCCGGGACGCCGAUUUUUAGCCGAGGACGGUGGGAAGAAGCGACUCAGGGUCUUGGUUACAUCAAGAAACAGGUUUCCACAUCUGGUGAUGGUGCAUCAUGAUCCUGAAACAGGUCUUAACACUGCCACUGGAUUCUGCAUAGAGGUUUUCAAGACUUGUGUUGCUCCUUUUAAUUAUGAGCUGGAAUUCAUACCUUAUGAUGGAGAUAACUAUGACGAUCUUGCUUAUGAGUUAUCUACUCAGGUUCUAAGUGGAGCUUUCUUCAUCUUGACCGGCUUUGUUGUUUGGUUGGUUGAACGGCCGGUUAAUUCUGAGUUCCAAGGCACUUGGAGGCAGCAGCUUGGUAUGAUACUUUGGUUUGGGUUUUCUACUCUUGUGUUUGCUCACGGAGAGAAGCUUCAAAAAAUGUCUUCAAGAUUUUUAAUCAUAGUUUGGACUUUUGUGGUGCUGAUAUUGACUUCGAAAUACAUUGCAAACCUGACAUCAACAAAGACCAUUUCUGGCAUUCAGUUAAGUCCAAUGUUUACUAGUCCUGCGGCGAUUGGAGUUUACAGAACCAACAUUUUGCAUAACUUUGAGGACAUCGCUCAAGCUUUAAGGAAUGGAACUAUAAGUUAUGUUGUCGCUGAAGUACCUUAUCUCAGUGUCCUUGUUGGAAAAUAUCCGGGUGUCUUCAACAUGGUAGCUAGAGAAAGUACUAGCAACGGCUUUGGGUUUAUGUUCCAGAGAUGUUCGGGUUUGGUUCCUAACGUGUCUGGAGAAAUCGAAAAGCUAAGGUCAUCAGGAAUGUUGAAAGACAUGGAGAGAAGAUGGUUUCAGAAAACGGUUUCUUCAAACACUGACUCGCCUGCAAACGACGAUGCAUCUAAGCGCCUAACCAUCCAAGAGUUGGGUGGCUUGUUCAUCAUUGCGGGAGCUGCUCAUGCUCUUGUACUAGCCCUGCAUCUCUUUCAGACGCGUCGAGAGAUUUUGCGUGUUUUGUGGGAAUCUCGACUAUUCACCAAGCUGCAAAGCUUCUCAGGUUUCGAUAAGUAA